GCGCUUGUCUUCUAUACAGAUUUGUAUACUGUAAGCAAAGUUUGCAUUAGGGUAACUGGAGUGUCGUCUACUCGAGUUAGUGAGUAGCCGAAGUGGCGCGACUAGCGAGUCUGCACGUCUUGCAUUGCGAGAAUGCACAUCGGAAGCUCUUGGUCCUAAGGAGCUAUUGACAGACAUACGGCCUGCGGCCUGGCGCUGCUCGUCUGAGGAGCGAGGAUGCCAUUCGCAGCGCUCCUGCCUGACGUGCUGCAGAGCGCGAGCGCCGAUGACCUUGCCGCCGAGCUGGAUGUCCACAUGAGUGCUCUCGAGCGCAUCCUGAACGCCCAGCUCGCGGCCUGUUGCCGGUGGCGCUCGGAGUGGGAGCCCGCAGCACUCCCACCAGGCGCGGCGCCCGUUAAUAGCUGGCGCAGCAGUGCCGCACACACGCGCCCCAGCGUGUCCAGUUCACGGCGGCUGGAACGCCCGGCACACCCAGCAGAGUCCACGGAGCGAUGCAGCCAAGAUGUCCCCACGGGUGGCGUGUACGGGGCAGCAGCAGGCAGCGGCACCGCAGCAGCGGCUAUGACCGCCUUCGCAAUCCGCAGCUUCAGUCUCGAGACCGCCAGUGGGGCCGGCUCGUGCUCACCCAGCUCACCCGCCUCCUCCUCCCCAUUGCCGCCGCCGGCCUCCACUUCCUCUUCCCCCGGGAAUGAGUUUAUGUCACCUGCAGCUAGCUGCUGCUGCGGCAGCGGCGACCUGGCUUUGCCCUCUGCUGAAUCAGAGCCCCGGGCGGCGGCGCCUGCGAGUGAGAUGGCGGAUCGUGGUCCGGCUCAGCAGCAGCAGGGGCAGCAGCAGCAGGAGACGCAGCAGGAGACGCAGCUAGAGCAUCUGCGGGGCCAGCAGCAGCAAGUGCAAGUCGGCUGGCUGCAGGCACAUGCGCGGUCGUCGGUCUCAGGUCGGGUGGGCCCGGCCCGGCUGGGGCUGGGGCUUGAGCGCCUGCAGUCCAUGGGACUGGUGGGGUCGGGCUCGGGGGGAGCAGAGGCGGCGGCGGCGGCGAUGGCGGCGGCUGCCUGUGUGGCGGAGCUGCAGUCGCAGGUGUCACUCAGCCUCAUGCCCGUGCCGCCGGAGCCGCAGCUGCAGCCGCAGCUGGAGGCACAGCCGGAGCAGCCACAGCCGGCGGGGCCACGGACUACGGCACUUCCAAAACCAGCUGCGCAGCUGCGCGGCGCAGAGGAUGUGCCGGCGGCGGCGCCAGCGACGGCUGCGGCAGUGGAGGGAUCGGCACCAGGGGUCCCGGGGGGCUUGGCCUCUCAGUGGAUACUGUUGUCAGCCUUCGCAGCGGCCGCGGGCGCAGGCCCUACACAAGAAGCCAUACGCGGCAGCAGAGGUGGUGGACUGAGGCUCAGCAGCCUCCUCGCAAGCCGCUCCCUCGGCCGCCGCACCUUCAACCUCAGCCGUAUGGGCAGCAGCAACAGCGCCCGCGCCAUCACCACCACCGCCGCCACCACCGCCACCACCGCCACCACCGCCACCACCACCGCCGCCGUCAUGGAAGCCGCCCGGCCGCCGCCGCUCCUGCUGCCGCUGCCACUGCCACUGCCGCGGUCGCUGUCGCGGCAGCUACUGCCGGCGGCUGACUCGCUGCCGCUGCUACUGCCGCCGGAGCCCCUGGCGCAGCUGUUGUCGCCGGAGGACGUGGCGCUGCUGGCCGCGGACAUGGCGGACUUGGAGGCGUGCGGCCUGGUGGGGUGGGACACGGCUGAGGACCUGGAGUUUGCGGCGCUGGAGCGGAUCAGCCACAGCAUGGCGGCCAGGAGGAGGAGCGCUUGGGGUGCUGCGGCGGGAGGAGGAGGCGGUGGUGGCGGUGGGAUGGAUGAGGAGACGGAACGCGCAGAUGGCAGGAGAAGCAGCAGCAAUGGAAGCGGUGGCGAGGGGGAGGUUGAAGGCGAGGGUACUGGGGAAGGUGAUGGCGGGGAAGGCGCGCGGAGUGGGACGGGGAUUCGGGCACGCAGUGGCAGGCCGCAGCCACCGCCCCUCCUGCUGCCGCAGUCACCGGCAGGGCUGCUGUGCGGCGUGCUGUCGCCAGUGGCGGAGGCGGCACCGACAGCGGCUUCCGUGGCGGCAAUGCCAGGCAAGCAGCUACCCCAGUCGCCACCGUCAUCGUCAGCACCACCGCCAGCGCCAGCUGGGCCAAGCCCUGAAGGGCACGCCGCGCGAUCGCCACUGGCGUCGGGUCGGCGGUGCCGACACGUCUCGGAACCGGGCGGAUGCGGUAUUUCUGGUGGCGGCGGCGGCGGUGGUGGUGGCGGCGGCGUCGUGACGCGCCGCAGGGGCCAGGCGCCCCGCACACCGCAGCUUGUGACUGUGGCCGGGGCUGCCACUAGCAGCGAGCCAGUCGGACCGCGCAGCCGGCAUGGUCACGACCUCGGACCCAGAUCGGGAGGCGACCGGCGCAGCAGCCACUGCGGCAGCUGCUACAGCCCCGACUUUGGCGGCACAACGUUUGGCGGCGGCUGUAGCAACAGCGCUCUCAGCACGCCGUACGGUGGCACCCCGCCGUACAGCGCUGCCGCCAGCUGCGGCAGCCGCCAGCCACGCAGGGCGUCAGAGAUUGGCGGCGGCGGCGGCUGUGGUGGUGGUGGCGGCGGCGGCAGCGUUUGUGCCGAGGUGCCGCACUCGCCUUGCUCCAUACGCAGCAGCCCUGGGGGCGGCGGCGGCGGCGGCUACGGCAGCCUGCGACAGCGCUUUGACGCGGCGGCGGCGGCGGGGGAGGAGGCUGACGGCGGGGCGAUGGGUGGUGGUGGCCUGGGCGGCCUGAGCCGCAUGUCUUCCCGCUGCAGUCUGAAGCUGGCGCCGGGGGCGAAGCGGCCGUGGCGGUGAGGGGCAAGAAGUGUGGAGGGGUGGGGUGGGGGGGGGGGGGCGGGCGCGAUGCGACAGCUGGUAGCGUGACACUUGAAAGACGGACAAGCAUGACGCAUUUUUUAUUUGCUCGGAGCGCGCAAUGCCGCUUGUGUUUGCUAUAUUUCUUUACUUGGAUGCUUGCGGCAUUGCGGCCUGCUGGUGGCGCUGCUGGCACAUGACUCGGGGCUUGGACAGGGCAGGGGUGCACACCACGUGGGUGCACCGCAGGCGGGGGAAAUGGGUGUGGGGGCACCGCACAGGGCAACGGGGACCGCAAUGAAGUGCGUGUGUCUGUGUCUAGCGUGAUGACAGUGCAGUGUCUGGGUCUGAGUGCUCGUAUCUUAAAAAGCCGUUAGUGGCUUAGUGCGAUGGCAGUGCAGGAUGAACUGGGCUGAUACUAUAUGCAGACUACGCAGCACUUGAACGUCUGGAAGGUGGGGGCAACCGACGAUUCUGUUUCACUGUUUGUCACAGCGUGACUGUGCUUGCCACGGAGUUCUGGGAGAGCGUACUGGUGGCCCUGCUAGGCCCUG